CCAGCCAACGAAAUCUUCACUCACAUAUCCUCACAUUCUCACCUAUCCGUUAUCCAAUCAGAUAUGGGUUCGAUUUCCGAUCAUUCAAACUCACCCGACACCUUCGAAGAAGAUUGGAAAUUCGCCAUGCAACUUUCCAUUGCUUCUGUCCUCCCAAUGGCUAUCAAAGCUCUCAUCGAACUCGAUGUGUUUGAGAUCAUUUCCAAAUGUGGGCAAGGGGCUCCCCUCUCUGCUUCCGAGAUUGCCUCUCACCUUCCCACAUCCAACCAACAUGACGCAGCUGCCACCCUCGAUCGUGUCCUGCGUCUCCUUGCUAGCUUCUCUGUUCUCACAUGCACUUCCCGCACUCGUGCUGACGGGUGCGUGGAAAGGGUCUAUGGUUUGGCAUCUGUAUGCAAGUUCCUCGUUAAAAAUCAAGAGGGUGCGUCCCUUGCGACCAUGACUCUUUUGGUACAAGAUCGGGUCUUUCUCGAUAUGUGGCACCACGUGAAAGAUGCUGUUCUUGAAGGGGGGCUACCAUUCAUCAGAGCCCAUGGGAAGUCCUCAUAUGAGUACAUCUCCACGGUGCUGAAAUUCAGCGAGCUCUUUUAUAAGGCGAUGUGGGACCACUCCACCAUUGUCUUGCCAAGAAUCUUAGAGACCUACAAAGGGUUUGAAGGAAUCAAGGAGUUGGUCGACGUUGGAGGUGGGACGGGAGCCUCGCUUAACAUGAUUAUCUCAAAGUACCCUCAUAUCAAGGGACUCAAUUUCGAUUUGCCAGAAGUCGUCGCCACUGCACCUAACUACCCAGGUGUGGAGCAUGUUGGAGGAGAUAUGUUUGCCAGCGUUCCAAGUGCAGAAGCCAUUUUAUUUAAGAGUUUGUAUACUAUGAAGUGGAUAUUCUCGCAUUGGACGGAUGAGCAGUGCCUCCAAAUUCUAAAGAACUGCUACAAAGCACUGCCUGACUCUGGAAAGGUGAUCAUUGUGGAAAAUGUUCUUCCAGAAGAAAUAAAGAACGAUGUGGGUGCUCAGGACACCCUCCAGUUUGAUGUGAUCGAGAUAGCCUGGAGCGAAGGGAAGAUGAGGACCGUGAAGGAAUUGGAAGAAUUGGCGAAGAUAGCUGGUUUUGCUGGUCUUAGCCUUGUGAGUUUUGCAUGUAACCUUGGGGUCAUGGAAUGCUACAAAACUGUGUGAUUUUUAGCUUGGUAGCCUACAUAUCUUUUCUUUUUUCCUUCAAUGUCCUAUGUUUGCGCAGUUUCCAGUGGUCUGGUAUAUGCUUUUUUAAUUGAAAGAAUAAAACUUCAAGAGUGGAUGCACUAUUUAUGUA